AUGUUAAUCGCAAUAAUAGCAAUAGCUUUGGUUUGUUUAUACUUUUAUAAUGUGAGAAACUUUGAUUAUUGGAAGAAGAGAGGCGUUAAACAUGACAAACCCAUACCUUUUUUCGGGACCAACUUAAAAAAUUUUCUUUUGUUGAAAAGUAGAAGUGAAAUAACAGAAGAAAUGUACUUUAAGUACCCCGAUGAAAAAGUGGUCGGAUUUUUUAGAUCCACUACGCCAGAAUUGAUAAUAAGAGAUCCAGAAAUAAUUAAGAAGAUCCUAAUAUCAGAUUUUUCUUACUUCUACGGGCGUGGAUUCCAUCCGUAUAAACGAAAUAUUGAAAAAUUGAUACAAAACUUAUUUUUCGUCGAGGGAGAUUUGUGGAAAAUGUUAAGGAUACAGAUGACACCCGCAUUCACAAGCGGCAAACUGAAAGCUAUGUUUCCACUAAUUGUGGAACGAGCUGAGAGUCUUCAACAAAGAACAUUACUGGCAGUAAAAAAAAAUCUUCCUAUAGAUGCUCGUGAGCUUAUGGCCCGUUUUACAACAGAUUUUAUUGGCGCAUGUGGUUUUGGACUUGACAGUAAUUCUAUUAAUGACGAUAACAGUGAUUUUAGAAGGCUUGGCAGAGAUGUGUUUAAUCCUCCUCUCACAACUAUUAUUACGAGUACCUUAAAAAUGCUUUUCCCUGUGCUAUUCAAGGAUUUGAAAUUUUUUGGUCAUAUUGAGAGACGAUCGUUUAACCUCGUCAAUAAAAUUCAACAAAGUAGAAAUUAUAAAUCGAUUGGAAGAAAUGAUUUCAUAGAUCAGCUUUUAGAUUAUAAACAAAAAGGCCCUAUAGAAAUUGAGUCAAUGGAGAAAUUACAAGCAACUGGUAAACCAGAAAAAUUAAAGUUUGAACUUACUAAUGAUUUGAUUGUGGCUCAAGUCAUGCUAUUUUUUGGUGCGGGAUUUGAAACUUCAUCAUCUGCUUCUAGCUACACCCUGCAUGAACUGGCAUUCCAUCCAGAAAUACAGAAGAAAGUUCAAAAUGAGAUUGACGAAGUUUUAAAGAAGCAUGAUAACAAACUAAGUUAUGCUGCUGUUAAAGAAAUGACAUAUUUAGAGUGGACAUUCAAGGAGGCGAUGCGUAUAUUUCCAUCAUUGGGUUAUUUAAUGAGGGAAUGCACUCGUAAGUACACAUUUGAAGAUUUGGGCUUCAGUAUCAAUGAAGGUGUAAAGAUGAUGAUAUCUGUAGCAGCUUUACAUAAAGACCCUAAAUAUUGGCAUAAUCCAGAAGAAUUUCGCCCCGAAAGAUUUAGUAGGGAAGAGUUCACAAAUGUUCAAAAAGAUGUAUAUUUAGCAUUUGGCGAUGGACCUCGAGUCUGUAUUGGUGCACGCCUUGGAUUAAUGCAAUCAUUAGCUGGGUUAGCUGCCAUCCUUUCUAAAUUCUCUGUCACACCAGCUCCAGAAACAGUAAGAAGACCACCAGUCGUACCAACUUCGGAUAUCGUUCAGAAUAUAAAUGGCAUACCACUGAUGUUUCAUAAGCGACACUAG